AUGGCGCUGCGAUCUGCACUGAGACGCUUCAGCUCCAAACCUGUGCCUUUGGGGCUCCCGAGUCCCGUCUCCAUCCGCGAAUCGGCGGGGAAGUUCUUCAACGAGGCCUUGCUGCAGCGGAUGACGCCUGCCACAACGCCCACACGGCUGAGCCAGUCUGAUCUCUUAUCAGCUUGUGAAGACUGGGGCAUCCAGACGCCCAAAGGAGCCCUAGAUCUCGAGCUGCGUGCCCUCCUUGCUCGUGCCAUUGUGGGCGGCACACCAGUGAUCCCUACAGAUGACAAAAUCAAACCACCAGUUCAAGAUGGCAAAGCCGCAGAUCCCGGCGCAGUGGAGCAGAAUCCCUUUGAAGAGUUCGAGCGACCGCGAGGAGAUACCGCAGAGAAACGCUGUGUCCGAUGGCUUCUUAAAAUUUUUGCGAAAUCUGACUGCGUGGCCGACUCCAAGUGCUCCUGGUGCGAGGCUUCGGCUGUGCCCAGCGCGUGUUACACCAAGGAGGAUGCCGCCAAGCUUCCCUCCGCGGUCUUCACCUGUGGCACCUCCAAACGUCGCUCCGAGCUGCUACCGCGCGAGGAGGCCGAGAAGUUGGGCGUGGUCUGGCGCGGCAAUUCUUCCAAGCAGAGCUCACACGAACUCUUGGAGUCCGUGUCGAUGCCAUCGGAUUUCACCUGGUGCAACAAGGAUGGCAAGAGCUACUGCACUAUGUCUCGCAACCAGCACAUCCCCCAGUACUGCGGCAGCUGCUGGGCCCAUGGCGCCAUCUCGGCGCUUGGCGAUCGCAUUAAGAUCGCGCGCAAGGCGCAGGGCGUGGACAUCAACCUGGCGGUGCAGCACCUGCUGAACUGCGGAGGGGUUGGCAGCUGCAAGGGCGGCACUGUGGAUGGCCCCUACCAGUGGUUGAAGGGAAUCUCCGAGAAGGGCACGGGAAUCAGUUAUGAGACUGCAAAUCCCUAUGUAGCCUGCUCUUCCGAUUCGUCUGAGGGCUUCUGCUCUCAUGUGGACACCUCCUGCAAGGCUGCCAACGUGGCUCGCACCUGCGGCAGCUUCUCCCAGGAGGGUGGUCCAUGCACCGGCCUGGGCUACUUCCCCAACGCCACCAUCACGGACUAUGGCUCCAUCUCUGGUGCUGACGCCAUGAUGAAGGAGAUCUUCCACCGCGGACCCAUCAGCUGCGGCGUCGAUGCCAACCCGUUGCUGAACUACGAGUCCGGUAUCAUCAAGACCAAGGGCGAAGGUGUGGACCACGUGGUCUCUGUGGUCGGCUGGGGCACUGACUCCAAGGACGGCAUGUACUGGAUCGUGCGCAACUCCUGGGGCGAGUACUGGGGCGAGAUGGGCUACUUCAGGGUGGCCAAGGGUGCCCUGUUGCUGGAGGACCAGUGCAGCUGGGCCGUGCCCGGAUCCUUCACGGCGGCCGAGAAGGACAACCAGGUGCACUGCCAUGAGGGCGGCGACAAUUGCAAGGCAAAGGCCGUCGAACAGGUGGGAAGUUUCAAUCCUUCCAAGUACUUUGAGGAGAAAUAUUUCUGGGAGAAGGCCAAUGUGGGCCCCUUCUUCCUGUUCCUCUUCUUCGUUCCCAGCCUCUACCGGUCCUUCAAGGAUUUCUACUGGACGCAGCAGUUGCGUAAGCUGAGCACCGAAGAAAUCAUCAGCGAUCGCUACGAGUGGCUUCGGCUCAACAUGUUGCAGGAUGAGGUGGAAACUGAACUGCUGAAGCAGAUGCCUGCGGGCGGCGUGAAGCCACUGGAACUGGGGCCUGCGACACCUCCAUGA